UACAUGUUGACAAUGUAAAUGGUACAAGUAAACGUAAACAAUACAACAUAACCUAUGGUACCAAUACCAUUGUAUCGAAAGUAUUCUCCCAUGAAAAAAGUUUAAAAUAAGUAAUUUAAAAUUUUUAUUGGAAAUAUGGAUGCGAAUACAAAGUUAUGUCAAGGUAAAGAUAUCUUUGAAAGAAUGAACUAUUUAUAUCAGGCAAGUUACUUAAUGGCAUUGAAAAACAGAGUAGCAGCAUCAUAUUAUGGCAAUAUAAUGGUUGGUUGUGCAAAAAAAUCGGUUCUAAGAAUAGACUCAGAUAUUAAAAGAACAAUUUGUAAAUGUUGUCAGUCUCCACUUAUACCUGGUGAAACUGCAAGAGUGCGAUUAGUAUCAAAACCAGUGAAAGGUAUAAAGUGGACGUGUUUAACGUGCUUAAGUGUUAAAAGAUAUCCUACAAAAAAAGGAUAUAAGUUAUGGACUGAACAACCCAAUUCAGUAGUUCAAAUUUUUAAUUAUACAUCGGUAGAUGAUAAGUCUGUUGUUGAGGCACAAAAAAGGGAUUCAGAUAAAGGGAACUCUGUGGAUAUUGAAAAGAAUUGAAUAUACACAGAUUUGAAUAUUUAUUUCCACAUGAUGUGAGAUGUGAUGAAUGUUGACAUACGAAUAUUUUUCUUAUCAAUGACUUACAUAAAAUAUGUUACAAUAAAUUUAUAAUCAAUAAACAGAUACUUUUACUAACUGGAA